AUGUCUGUCGAUCCAAUGACCUAUGAGGCCCAGUUCUUUGGUUUCACACCACAAACUUGCAUGCUCAGGAUCUACAUUGCAUUUCAAGACUACCUGUUUGAAGUGAUGCAGGCUGUUGAACAAGUUAUUCUGAAGAAGCUGGAGGGCAUCCCAAACUGUGAGAUUAGCCCAGUCCAGGUUAGGAAGUGCACAGAGAAGUUUCUUUGCUUCAUGAAAGGACGUUUUGAUAAGCUUUUUGUCAAAAUGGAGCAGCUGUUUCUACAGUGGAUUUUGCGUAUUCCCCCAAACAUCUUGCUUCCGGAAGAUAAAUCUCAGGAGAUGCAUUCUUACAGUGAGGAAGAAUUCCAGCUUCUCCAAAAAGAAAUCGAACAGUUACAGGAGCAGUACAAAACUGAAUUAUGCACUAAGCAGGCCCUUCUUGCAGAAUUAGAAGAGCAAAAAAUUGUUCAGGCCAAACUUAAACAGACAUUGGCUUUGUUUGAUGAGCUUGAAAAUGUUGGCAGAAAUCAUGGGACUAGUGAUUUUAGGGACAGCUUGGUGUUCCUGGCCCAGAACUCCAGAAAACUCCAGGAUAUUAGAGAAAAUGUGGAAAAAGAAAGCAAAAGAUUGAAAAUAACUUAA